GAGGUGGCCCCACCCGCGCAGGGGGCGUGGCCGGCGCCGGCUCUUGCAGCAGAGCAGAGUAGCGGCGUGGGAAAGAGCUGCUAGGAGCCGACCCCACCGCCGCCGGAGCCGCGCCUGCCCAGGCCCGGGGAGGGAGGAGGCGGGCGCGAGGGUGCUGCGCCCUGCUCGUCGAUUGAGCUUCCGGCCGGGCUGCGCCCCGCGCGGUCUUCGCCGGCAUGAAGCGCCCCUGCGACGAGACGACCUCUGAGAGCGACAUGGACGAGACCAUCGACGUGGGGAGCGAGAACAAUUACUCCGGACAAAGUACUAGCUCUGUGAUUAGAUUGAAUUCUCCAACAACAGCAUCUCAGAUUAUGGCAAGAAAGAAAAGGAGAGGGAUUAUAGAGAAAAGGCGUCGGGAUCGAAUAAAUAACAGUUUAUCUGAGUUGAGAAGACUUGUGCCAACUGCUUUUGAAAAACAAGGAUCUGCAAAGUUAGAAAAAGCUGAAAUAUUGCAAAUGACAGUGGAUCAUUUGAAGAUGCUUCAGGCAACAGGGGGUAAAGGCUACUUUGACGCACACGCUCUUGCCAUGGACUUCAUGAGCAUCGGAUUCCGAGAGUGCCUAACAGAAGUGGCACGGUACCUGAGCUCCGUGGAAGGCCUGGACUCCUCGGAUCCCCUGCGGGUGCGGCUUGUGUCUCAUCUCAGCACUUGCGCCUCCCAGCGGGAGGCGGCGGCCAUGACAUCCUCCAUGGCCCACCACCAUCACCCCCUCCACCCGCAUCACUGGGCCGCCACCUUCCACCACCUGCCCACAGCCCUGCUCCAGCCCAACGGUCUCCACGCCUCGGAGUCCACCCCUUGUCGCCUCUCCACAACUUCAGAAGUGCCUCCUGCCCACGGCUCUGCUCUCCUCACGGCCACGUUUGCCCACGCGGAUUCAGCCCUCCGAAUGCCAUCCACGGGCAGCGUCGCCCCCUGCGUGCCACCUCUCUCCACGUCUCUCUUGUCCCUCUCGGCCACCGUCCACGCCGCAGCCGCAGCAGCCACUGCGGCUGCGCACAGCUUUCCUCUGUCCUUUGCGGGAGCAUUCCCCAUGCUUCCCCCAAACGCAGCAGCAGCAGUAGCUGCGGCCACAGCCAUCAGCCCACCCUUGUCAGUAUCAGCCACGUCCAGUCCUCAGCAGACCAGCAGUGGAACAAACAGUAAACCUUACCGACCCUGGGGGACAGAAGUUGGAGCUUUUUAAAUUUUUCUUGAACUUCUUGCAAUAGUAAUAAUGUCCUCCAUUUCAGAGUCAGCCUAAAACCUCUGCACCCUGAAGGUAGCCAUACAGAUGCCGACAGAUCCACAAAGGAACAAUAAAGCUGUUUGAGACACAAACCUCACGAGUGGAAAUGUGGUAUUCUCUUUUUGUCUCUCUCCCCUUUUUGUUUGGUUUAAGGCAGCUCGGUAACUGACAUCAGCAACUUUUGAAAACUUCAUACUUGUUACUAUUAGAAGUUUCCUGGAAAAUAUAUGGACCGUACCUUCCAGCAGUGCAUCAGUAUGUCUGAACUGGGGAAGAAAAAUGCCCUGACUCAAUUCUCUUGAGACUAGAUGGGAAAUACAUAGGGAGGAGAGCGAGAGAGUCGUGUUUCGUAAGUGCCUGAGCUUAGGAAGUUUUCUUCUGGAUAUAAAACAUUGCACAAGGAAAGACGAGUGUGGAGUUAGGUUAAGAAAGCAAAGGGACAGAAGUCUUACAAUAUGCUGCAGACAUUUGAAUACCAUGCCAGAGAAGAGUAUUCUGCUGAAACUAACAGGUUUUAUUGGUCAAAAUGAUUGCUGAAUGUAAUUUUCAAGUUGAAAGACAUAGUUUUAUCUUAGUUUGCCUUCUUUGUACAGACAUGCCAAGAGGUGAUAUUUAGCAGUGCAUUUGGUAUAAGCAAUUAUUCCAUCAGUUCUCAGAUUAACAAGCAUUUCUGCUCUGCCUGCAAGCCCGCAGGCACUUUUAUUUUUUGGAUGGCUCAAAAUAUGGUGCUGCUUUAUAUAAACCUGACUUUAUAUAGUGCACCUAAGAGCAGUUGCCUACCAUGUGCCCACCAGAAGCUACUUAAUUCAUGCCAACUUGAAAACUCUCCAGUUUGUGUGAGUUUGGAUUAAUUUAUUCAGUUUCAUUUGGACUAUUUUUAUAUAUUUAUCCUCUUCAUUUUCUCCUAAUAAUAUAACAUCUACUCUUGUCACCCUUUGGGAGAAGUUACAUUUCUGGAGGUGAUGAAGCAAGGAAGGAGCACUGGGAAAAGAAAAGCUACAGUUUUUAAAGCUCUUUGUCAAGAUAGUGAUUGCAUUUGAUCCCAAAGCAAGAUGAAUGUAUGCAAUGGGAUGUACAUAAGUUAUUUUUGUCCAUGCCUAAACUAGUGCUAUGUAAUGGUGUUGUGUUUUUGUUUUUUUUUUUUUUUUUUUUUGUUUAAUGACAAAAUAAUCUCUUAAUACGUUGAAAUCAAGCACGUGAGAGUUUAUGUUUAAAAGAUAAGAGACACAGCAUGUAUUAUGCAGUUCAUUUCUCUGCUGUGUGGAGAAAGCAAUAAACAUGAGAAUGUUAAACAUUAUGCAAAAUUAUACUUUUAAAUAUUUGUUUUAAAAUUACUGUACCUAGUCUUUUUUGCAUUACUUUGUAACUUUUUUCUAUGCAAGAGUCUUUACAUAUCACUAAUUAAAUGAAGUCCUUUUUGACUGUU